AUGUUUGACAUUUUUGCGCACCUCCUCUCCUCCGUCGCCUCCUUCCUCUUCCCUCUCUUCGCUUCCUACAAGGCCCUCAAGACCUCCGACCCUGCCCAGCUCACACCAUGGCUGAUGUACUGGGUCGUCCUCGCCUGCGUCCUCCUCGUUGAAUCCUGGACAGAGUGGUUCCUCGGCUGGAUCCCCUUCUACGCCUACCUGCGCCUCUUCUUCCUCCUCUACCUCGUCCUGCCCCAGACCCAGGGUGCCCGCCUGCUGUACGAGACGUACGUCCACCCGUUCCUCGAAGACAACGAGACCCAGAUCGAGGCCUUUAUCGCCGACCUCCACGAUCGCGCCAAGGCCGCCGGCAUUUCCUAUAUCAAGCAAGCCAUUGAGUUCAUCAAGACCAACGUGUUUGGCCUGCCCCCAAGCCCCCCCGAGCCCGAGUCCCCGCGUGCCGCCUCCUACGCCCCGCAGUCCUACACCCAGUCUCUCCUCGCCCGGUUUAGCGUCCCGAACGCCCGCUGGGCGCCGCCGCCGCAGCCCUCCUCCUCCUCCGGCAGCACCGGCGGCGACUUUUACAGCCUCCUCGCUGGCGCCGUCUCUGCCGCCACCCGAUCGGCCACGAGCCCCGGCUCCGGUUCUGGUGCUGGGUCCGGCGCAGACGCACACCGUGGUGGUGGCGGCGGCGGCUGGGGCGGUCUGAUCCCCUCCAACCUGACGGGCGCGACAGAGAAGAUGUCCUUCAUCGCCGCCCAGCGCGAGCGCCUCAACGUCGUCCUCGACGGGCUCGACCGCGAGGCCCAGACGCUGCAGCGUGAGGAGACGCUGCGCGCGCGCAACGCAGAGGAUUACCUACGCCCCGGCAGCAUCAGCCUCGACGGCGAGGGCUACGCGCGCGAGAGGCCCGUGAGCAGGGGGAGCCGGCACAGCGGCGGCGGCGGAAGUGGGAGCCACGGGUUUGGCGAGUGGAGCCGCAACCGGAGCGAGUCUGAGUUUGAGACCAUCGAUGCCGAGAGCGGUGGCGAGGACGAGGGGCGCGUAAGGCCCGGACCUGGCGUGCAGGGCGGACAGAGCGGCACGGGAAGCACGGGGUCGUGGAUGCCCUGGGGCUGGUCGGCGGCCAAGGAGCGGGACGAGAGGGAUUUGCAGUACGGACGGGACGACCACGGACGGAGCUCGGGCUAUGACCGCGAUCGCUAG